CGCCGCCAUUUUGUGGAGCCCCCUCACCCUGCUCCGGCCCGGCCCGGCCCUGCCGCGCGAAACGGCGGCACAGGUUCCAAUAUCCCUAAGUAACAUUAUCACUCCUAAAUGCAAUGGAAGAGGGCAGGAGUGAAGAUACCCAGGGUGUUCUACGACUGAAUGUGGGAGGGUGUUUGUACACAGCCAGGCGCCAGUCUUUGUGCCGCUUCAAGGACUCCAUGCUGGCUUCCAUGUUCAGUGGUCGCUUUCCUCUGAAAAUGGAUCAAUCAGGAGCAUGUCUAAUUGAUCGGGAUGGAAGCCUCUUUAAAUACCUUUUGGAUUAUCUUCACGGAGAAGUUCGGAUUCCUGAGGAUGAACAAAUCAGAGCUGCACUGCAGGAAGAAGCAAAUUAUUUUGGCAUCCCUUAUCCCUACAGUCUGUCUGACCAUUUGGCCAAUGAAAUGGAGACAUAUUCUUUAAAGUCAAAUAUAGAGCUUAAAAAGGUUUUGUUAGAUUUCUGCGAUUCUUAUGAUUUAGUUUGUACCAAGCCCACAGUCUGGGUCCUGCACUAUCUCAACACUUCUGGAGUAAGCUGUGAAAGCAAAAUUAUUGGUGUGUAUGCCACAAGAGCUGAUGGGACUGAUGCAAUUAGUAAGGAGCUAGGAACAAAAAUUCAUGGUAAAAGCAUUUACAAAAGAGAAGCUGGAAAUAACGUCCAAUACAUCUGGAGCUAUUACUCAGUAGCUGAGUUGAAGAAGAUGCUGGAUGCUUUUGAUACCUGGGAAGGGAGAGGUGUCAGCUACUGGAGAGUGCCUCAGGAGCUGAUUGAAUGCUGGACACUGGAAGAACGCCCUUUGAAAGGCAGUUUGCAUCAUAUGCCUCCAGUCCAUAAAAGACGAUUAAUUGACUUUGCUGAAGAGGAGCACUGUUUGCCAUGUAAAGUGGGUCCCAAGCCAAUUCGAUUCUCAGGCCCCUCAACAAGUACCCAAAUCAAAGUCAAAAAUUCAUCUUCUUUAAGGGUAGGUGCUCGCCGUGCCUCACCUCCUGCAGCAACUGUGAAACAGCCCAGUGGUGGGAGUCUGACACUGCAGGAAGCAGCUCCUGAAGCUGUCUCCACAAGAAGCCACCAUCCCCAGGUGCCCAGUGCAAGUGCUGACCUUGGGGCACCCCAGAGGGCACUGCCCAGGAAACCCGAGAGCAACCGCGUGGUGAAGCUGAAGAGAACUCCGCUUUUUGUGACACCUCCUCAGCCUUCUCCCACCUGCAGUGAAACCAAUCGAAAGGACAGUGCUGCUGCUGACAUUCCUGCUGCUUCUGCAGCACCAAGCAGGAAAGAACCAGCUCCAUUAGCAGGAAGUUUUAAGCUGAAGAACAAAAAAGUGGAUGGAUGA